UUUACAUCUGAGUGGUUGACACUUGACACAGUCAAUGAAACUGAAACAAUAGAGCGAAAGAGGAAAUCAAAUAAUCAGCUUCCGAUAAUUAGUAUUCAUAUUACGACGUAUUCUGAGUCACAAGACAUCGACUUAGUUCUUUGAAUUGGUUGUGGUGGGCAAGGUUGCUUUGCUGUUCGGAUACGUUUUAUUAAGCGAAGCUGACGUCUAUACGUAGUAGCUAUAGGUAUAUCUAACCGCAUGCUAUGAUGGCAAAACUCGUGUUACAAUUACAAGUGAUCGUCAUCGUAUUGACAUUCUUUCUCAUUGUGAUCGACCAUCACAUAUGUGGUGCCAGUGAAGAUAUACGUAUCGACAGAGACUACCACGAUACAUUUAGUGAAAACUCAAAUCAUACAAACUGUACGGGCAGGAAUGCUAACUGUACUAAAUGGCCUGUUACCGUGGAUUCAGGAUGUCUUGAAUGUACAUGCUUGGGCCAAUACAAGACAUAUCUUCUUGACAGAUGUGUGAGGGAUGAUGAGCUGUUAGACAACUCAGACGUUAUACCAGGUAGGUCUAUUCGAACGUAUACAGCUAUUUCAAUUAAGGUUGUCCACGAGCAAAGCGGAAAAGUCGAAUACGAGCGCGAAAGAAAAACGAAACAGACAACUAUAUCAGAACGUGACAGUGUGUUAUUAAAUCAUAUAAAUUUAAUGUGACAUACACGGAAGUUAUUUAUUAUUGGUUAUAUCAUUAUUUGUUUCGCUUCGAGUGAAGUCGCGGUAAUUUUGUUCCAAUAACUCUUAUUAAAGCUAGAUUACAGUCCAUUCUGCGCAUGUGCGGGCUUUGUUUACAUUUUUUGUUUUGGUUUGGAUCCACUUCAAUUGUAUAAUAUGAAGUAUAGCGGCUAUGCACUAAAUAAAUGGAGUCCGAGUCAGGAGUGGAGUUGUUAUUUUUUUUAAAAUUGUCUUCUGAAAGACAAGCAAUUAAAUAUUUUGAAAGAUCAUCAAUGGAAGAUAUAUUGUUGAUCAAUUCGGCAUUUGUUUUUUGUGUGCCUCGUUGAUGAAACAUUCAGAAGAGACCGACACAGCCGAGCCAAAGGUGCGAGUCCGCACUCAUUGUGUUGAUUAUAUUAAUGUUCGGCAUUGUAAAAUAAACUUUGGAAGUGUCAAAGUAAUCAUGAGUCUUUCCUUGGGGUAUUUGUUCGUCAAAACACAUUGCCAGAGUCAUUGUUGCUGUCAUGGCAGAAGCACUCGGAAAAAGCUUUUCGCUGGAAG